AUGAGCUCGCAAAACUUCCAGUAUGCCCAGCUCCCUAAAUAUACGUAUCACUCCUUCGAAAAGCGAUACCAGUCUUUCGAUCGGAGCACGUUACAAUUUUCAUAUUAUCCCGUCGUCUCGAACACUAGUGGUCUGACGGGGGGCAAGGUCCAGGACAACAACGAGCCCAGUGCUACCGAGCCAGCGCAAGAACCAGCCCCUGCUGCUGAAGUCAAGGCAGAGGAGCCCUCGAGCUCUCCGGAUGAAAGCUCAUCGACACCUGAGCCUGCAGAAUCCUCCGAGGCAACGACGCCUCCGGCAGAUGAGCCACCUGCUGAAGCCACCGAUGCAUCAGGCGAGGAUGCAAAAGUGGACACUCAGGACGCAGCCGCCGCCGAUGAAGCUACUCCGAGUCCAGAAGGCGAAGGCGCUCCAGAUGAAGCCGCCGCGGAGCCCCCUGCGGAAGGUGCAGAGCCUGAAAAGGCCGACGAAGGCGCACCUCCGGCAGAAGACGACAGUGCGCCAAAGCCCAGCGACGAGAAUGGAGGCAAUGACGAAGAUUUUCCACCAGUUAACCCUGAGGAUGGACAAGAUGGAGUAGAAUCGGAAAAGGAGGAAGCGGCAAAGCAAGCUGCUGAAGACGCCGAGGAAGCUCUGUCUCAAGCAGACGACGAGAAGAAAGAUCCUCCAGCCGAUGACGCCCCAGCGGGAGACGCUCCAGCUGAAGAAUCCCCUGCUGCAGAAGCCCCAGCCGAGGAAGCCCCAGCUGAUACCCCAGCCGAAAAUGGUUCAGAUGACACCAAAGCAGAAGAGCCUGCAUCCCAGGAAGAUACACCUGAUGCUGCUACGGAAGAAACCCCUGCUGAAGAGCCCGCUGCCGAUAAACCGGAAGAUUCAGGAGAUGGUGCUGCCCAGGCCGACGAGCCGUCUGCAACAGAAGCUCCUCUAGCCCCGGAAGCCAGCCCUGAAGCCGAAGAGGCCGCUCCCGCUGAAGAGGCCGCUCUAACAGAAACGCCAGAAGCCGAGGCCAAAGCGGACGAGGAGUCCCCUGCUGAAGCGAGUCCUCCUCCCGAAGAGCCCGCGGAGGAACCCACAACUCAGUCCAAGAAGGCUAAAAAGAACUCCAAGAAGAAGGACAAAAAGAAGAAGGGUAAAGCUGGAAAAUCAUCCGAGCCGGAGGAGAAACCAACCCCUGCUGCAGAUCCAACUCCUGAGCCUGCAGCCGACCCUGAACCCGAGCCCGAGGCCGACAAACCCGCUUCUGAUGAACCCCCAGCCGUUGAGGAGCCUACUGAGGCUGCCCCCGAGCCAGCUGCUGAACCGGCUGCCGAACCGGAGGAGACUCCUGCCGAGGCCGAAGUUAAGCCAGACGAUGCUGCGGCUGAUUCCACCGAGACCGUCGCAGCAGCUGAGCCCGACAGCACUGCGCCUGCAGCAAAACCCGAGGCACAGGCUGAGCCUGCUAAUGAGCCUGAGACUACGGCGACAGAAGAGCCUGCAGCAGCCGAAGCCCCCCAGGACGAAACACCAGACGCUCCUGCGGACGACACGCCCCCCGAGCCGGCAAAGGAGGAAACCACCGAGGAACCUGCCGCAGCAGAGCCCGAAGCAGAAGCACAGCCCGAGCCCGAGCCGACAGUAGAUACACCCGCAGAAGAAGCACCGAAGGAGGAAUCACCCGCCGACGACGCGCCUGUUGAACCACCUGCCGAAGAAUCGACACCAGAACCAACCUCGGACGAAGCACCUGCGGCUGAAGCAUCAGCCACGGAGCCAGAUGCAGAGGAGCCCGUCGACGAAGCCGCUAGUGCAGAACUCGCUGAAGAGCCCGUCGAGGAGCCUGUCGUCGAGAAGGAAGCCGAAGAAGCCCCAGUCGAGACUGCUCAGGCAGAGGAGACGCCUGCUCCGGAGGAACCUGCUGCCGAAGAAGCACCCGCUGCUGAAGAGGCUCCCGCUGAGGAAUCAUCUACCAAGGAGCUCGCUGCCGAAGAGUCACCGGCAGACGAUCCGAAGCCCGAAGAUUCCCCCAAGGAAGACCCUCCCGAGGAGCCUACCACUGAGGCUGCUCCAGCCGAAGAGCCCGUUGCCGAGGAAUCGACUGAGAAUGCACCGGAACCUGCCGCUGAGGAGGUUGCGGCUCAAGAAGAACCGGCACCGGUAGAAGAAGCCCCUGCCGCUGAACCUGCUGCCGAGCCCGAGCCUGCUGCUGAACCUGUUGCUGAGCCUGCUGCUGAGCCCGAGCCUGUUGCUGAGCCUGCUGCUGAGCCCGAGCCCGCUGCUGAGCCUGAGCCUGUUGCUGAACCUGUUUCUGAACCUGCUGCAGAGCCUGAGCCUGCUGCUGAGCCCGAGCCUGUUGCUGAGCCUGCUGCUGACCCCGAGCCCGCUGCUGAGCCUGAGCCUGUUGCUGAACCUGUUUCUGAACCUGCUGCAGAGCCUGAGCCUGUUGCUGAGCCUGCUGCUGACCCCGAGCCCGCUGCUGAGCCCAAGCCCGCUGCUGAGCCUGAGCCUGUUGCUGAACCUGUUUCUGAACCUGCUGCAGAGCCUGAGCCUGCUGCUGAGCCUGAGCCUGCUGCUGAGCCCGAGCCUGUUGCUGAGCCUGCUGCUGACCCCGAGCCCGCUGCUGAGUCUGUUGCUGAACCUGUUUCUGAACCUGUUGCAGAGCCUGAGCCUGCUGCUGAGCCCGAGCCCGCUGCUGAGCCUGAGCCUGUUGCUGAGCCUGAGCCCGCUGCUGAGCCCGAGCCCGCUGCUGAGCCUGAGCCCGCUGCUGAGCCUGAGCCUGUUGCUGAGCCUGAGCCUGUUGCUGAGCCUGUUGCUGAACCUGUUUCUGAACCUGUUGCAGAGCCUGAGCCUGCUGCUGAGCCCGAGCCUGCCGCUGAAGCUGCUGCUGAGCCUGAACCUGAGCCUGCCGCUGUCCCCGAAGAGGCUGCACCGGAGUCCGAACAGACAAAGGAGAUACCUGUAGAAGAGGCACCCGUUGAACCCGAGCCUGUACCUGCACCUGCACCCUCCGAGCCGCCUGCCGAGCCGCCUAUUGAGGAGCCUGCCCCGGAACCAAGUGAGGCGCCUGCUGAACCAAUUGCUCCUGUCGAAGAAGCCGCCCUAGAGGAUAGCCCUCCUACAGAACUGGUGACAGAGGAGCCCGAAGAAGUCCCCUUUGCAGAAGCAUCAGAACUGCCAGUAGGAGACUCUGCAGCCAGGCAUAAUUCUCGUCGGCGCAAGAAGCGUCCAGUGACUGAACGUGAGCGACGAAAUUCUAAAACUUCUUCGGAAGGACAGAAGAAGGAGCAGCUCAAGCGUCAGAAGAGCGAACGCGGUCUGUUUACCAACCGCUGGGCAAAAGCUUUGGAAGAGGCCCGCAAACAGCACGAGGAGAAGAAGAGGGCUGAAGCCAAGCAGCAGGCCAUAGCCGAAGACAAGGAGCGCAGUGGUGUUCCUCCAUCGGAUAGGUCUGUGAAGUCAUCCAAGAGUACUUCCUCAAAGGAGAAGCUCGAGGUUUCAAAGGAGGAAGAACUUCCGGAUGUUGCUGUUGCUGUUGAGGUCGAGCCCAAGCCCAAGGUCAAGCGUCGCUCAUCCGAAGCAGAGCAAAGCAGAUCAUCCAAGGCUUCCUCGUCCUCAAAGCAGGCAUCAACCUCUGCUCCCAAGCCCCGAGCCUUCUUGCGAUACAUGAGCAAUGCUCCCAUGACCAACACCAAUGGACUCAUCGUGCGACCCAACGGAGCUCCCAAGCCUGGGGCACCGGCUCCUGAGAAGCCCCGUCGGUCCUCCACGAGUCAGAGUCAUAGCAGUGGUAACCAGGAGCGUUCUUCAAACGAGGAGAAGCGAUCCAGUGGUCGGUCGGAGAAGGAGAAGUCGCAUUCUCGACGCGAAGACGACCCUGCUCGUCGUGAGAGGAGGAGUCGACGACGCAGCUCCGUUGAAGCCGAGGUCAGCAAGCCCGAUGAUCGCGAGAAGAAACCCGAGGGCUCUCGUCGCACACACCAGAGCAGCAAGGACAAAGAGGUUCGUGCUCAUCGCCGGCACAAGCGUGAGGAGUCUCCACCUCGAGAACAGUCUAAGCUGAAGGGUUUCUUGAGAGCUAUCGCUGCUCACUAA